CCCGCGCAAUUCAAAUAAUAAACAACAUAAUCUUUUGGUUUGUUGUGAUUGUUGGAGUUUAAUUUAUAUUAUCAUCAUAUUUAUUUAUCGAACUCAAAAAGUUUUUUUUGAGACUUUAGAAAAAAAACCUUUUUUUUAAGUCUCAUUUAUUUUGAAACUUCGUUCAAUCAUACCUUAGGGAUUGUGUUGAGCAGUGAAUUCAAUUAAGGAUUCAGGCUUAUUAUUUAUCAUUUUUUUGCGGAAAUAUACAUUCAAGUUCAUUAACAAUGGCCGUAGCUGCAGCUCAAAAAAAUCGUGAAAUGUUCGCCAUCAAAAAAUCAUACAGUAUUGAAAAUGGGUAUCCAGCGAGACGAAGAUCUCUUGUAGAUGACGCUCGUUUUGAAACCCUUGUGGUUAAGCAAACCAAACAAUGUGUAUUGGAUGAAGCUCGUUUACGAGCUAAUGAUUCAAAUGACGACUAUCAACAAACAGAAAUCGAUGUAAAUUCAUCUACAAUCGAACCAGAACAAACCAUUCUUGAUAAUGAUUCGGGUCUUACUGAAGAAGAAGUAGUUCUUCAAAAUGCACUUGCUGAAGGUGGUCCCGAAGCAGAACAAGAAAUCCAAAAAGCAGCAAUUGUUGUACAUAUGCGAGAUGGCAUGAACUCAUUAGUGCGUAUUUUGAAAGCAAUUGAAAAAUUCCAUGGUGCUAUAUGCCAUUUAGAAACACGCCAAAGUCGUACAUACAAAACACAAUUUGAUCUCCUUGUAAAAGUUGACAUGACACGUCAAAGUCUUUUACAAUUAAUUCGUUCUUUACGUCAAUCAAAUGCUCUUGAAGGUGUAUCAUUAUUGGCUGAAGAUAAUAUUUCUGUGAAGAAUCCAUGGUUCCCACGUCAUGCCAGUGAAUUAGAUAACUGCAAUCAUUUAAUGACCAAAUAUGAACCUGAAUUAGAUAUGAAUCAUCCAGGUUUCGCCGAUAAAGAAUACCGUGAACGUCGUAAACAAAUUGCUGAAAUUGCUUUUGCUUUUAAAUAUGGAGAUACAAUUCCAACAAUUAACUAUACCGAAUCCGAAAUUAAAACGUGGGGAUCAGUAUUUAACACUGUUUUGGAUUUAAUGCCAAAACACGCAUGUAUGGAAUACCGCAAAGUUUUUGCUAAAUUACAAGAAGAAGGUAUAUUCUCACCAAAUAAGAUUCCACAACUGGAAGAAAUGUCAGCUUUCAUGAGACGUGAAACUGGUUUCUCACUUCGACCAGCUGCUGGUUUAUUAACAGCACGAGAUUUCUUAGCAUCACUUGCAUUCAGAAUCUUCCAAAGCACGCAAUAUGUACGUCACGAAAAUUCACCAAAUCACACACCAGAACCAGAUUGCAUUCAUGAACUCUUAGGUCACAUGCCACUCUUAUGUGAUCCAAGCUUUGCACAAUUCUCACAGGAAAUUGGUCUUGCAUCGUUAGGAGCAUCUGAUGAUGAAAUUGAAAAAUUAUCUACUGUAUAUUGGUUCACUGUUGAAUUUGGUUUAUGCAAAGAAGGUGGCCAAGUUAAAGCUUAUGGAGCUGGUCUCUUAAGUUCAUAUGGUGAACUUCUUCAUGCAUUAAGUGACAAGCCAGAAUUACGAGCAUUCGAACCAAGUAAAACAGCUAUUCAACCAUAUCAAGAUCAAGAAUAUCAACCAAUUUACUACGUAGCAGAAAGUUUUGAAGAUGCCAAAGAUAAAUUCAGACGUUGGGUAGCAACAAUGUCCCGACCAUUUGAAGUACGAUUCAAUCCACACACCGGUCGUGUUGAAGUACUCGAUUCAGUCCAUCGAUUAGAAGCACUUGUAAAUCAAUUAAACACAGAAGUACUUCAUUUAUCAAAUGCAUUAACAAAACUUAAGAGUCCUUCAUGUUAAAAAUUUUCCAAAUUUUUGUCUAAAAAACAAAAUCUCAACUCAAAGUAUUGUCUGUGUUGUAUAUUUUUAUUGUGUAUAAAUUAUGAACAAAGAGAGAAGAAAAA